CCAAAAAAAGAGAGGAUCUACAAAAUCUACUCUCUUUUUUCUUUCAACUUUUCCUCCACUAUAUAUUCAUAUUCCAACCCACCCAUCAUUCCCAUUCCACAUCCAACUCUAUCCAUUAUUAUUCCACCCACAAAUUAAAACUCUCUUUUUCUACUUCCAAAAAAAAAUGUUGCCUUCAACAUCUUCCUUUACUUCAAAUUUCCCUCAAGAACUCUUAACCAACCUUCAAUAUUCUAGAAGAUUACUACUUCAUACACAAGCUCCAUCACCAACCUACCAAAUCCUAGACCCGACCCGCGGUUCGACCCAUGAAAACACUGGCUUUGAUGCUAACAUAGUCAUGAUUCUUGCUGUUUUGGUUUGUGCAUUAGUAUGUUCAUUAUGUAUUAAUACCUUCAUUAGGUGUGUAAUUAAGUUCUAUAGUAUGAUUAGGGGAGAACCUAAUUACUAUCUAAACAUGAUUGAUUAUGACAAGAAGAAAAUUAGUGGGUUAGACAAAAGGGCAUUAAAGACAUUUCCAGUGGUGAAAUAUUCAAAGGAAGUCAAGAUUCAAGGGUUAAGUACAGAGUGUGUUAUUUGUUUGUCUGAGUUUAAGACAAGUGAAAAAAUUAGGGUUUUGCCAAAAUGUAACCAUGGAUUCCAUGUUAAGUGCAUUGAUAAAUGGCUUAGUUCUCAUUCUUCUUGCCCUACUUGUAGACAAUCUUUGGUUGACACUUGUAAGAAGAUUAUUGGAUGUAAUGAUGAUCAUCCUCAUACAUCAUCAUCAUCACCAUCAUCAUCAUCAAUGGAAGAAUCUAGGGAGGUAAUUGUCGUAACUAUAUUGCCACUUGAAAGGGAAGAUUUGGUACGAAAUUACAGGGGUGAAGUUACUCAAAGUUAAGAGAAUUUCUACUAGCAAGAGCCGCAAUUGGAAUUAAUUCUUCAUGUAGGCAGUGAAAAAACGAAUUAAUUCUUCAUGUAGGCAGUGAAAAAAGGAAGUUUUAUUAGAAGAAUGCAAGGGAAAAGUAAAGUAUUGAUUAUUAUGUUAGCCCAUGAUUCUCAGUUAGGAUCAUAGUAUUAAUUAAGGAGUAACAUAGUAGUUUUGUAGGGUUUUAUUUUACUUCUUUUUGAGAGAAAAAUUGAGGGAAGUAUUCUAAAAUUUAUGUUUUGGUGUACAAAAUUGAUAGAUAUUAUUAUUAGUUGCUUAAUUGUUCUUAGUGGAAGUGUAUAAAAAAGGAGCAAUUAAUUGACAAUUUCUUACCAUUUAUUUUGUCUUUUAA